UUUUCGCUGUCUAUCUUUUUCGGUAAUUUGCCUCCGACUAUGUUGAAAAAUGUGAAAAUAAAUUGUGAAGUUCACCCCUGAUUUUUGCGGAUGCACUGCAGGACGAUCAUUUUAUAUAUGAUAAACAAUGCUUGUAAAUAUUGAGAAGAUACACUGUGCAGUAUUCUGUUGAGCGGCGUUUCAAAACGGUGGAGGGACCUCACCCAGGCCAAAAUUUGCGUACAUUGUGUCUGAUGCACUACAAAAUGUACAGCGAGUGUCCACAAUGUACAGCACCAGAAUUGGCUGAUUUGAUGGAAUUUUGUUCAUGUGACUUUACAAUUGAUCCAUAUAACCAUACUCUUGUGCGGUGAAUUAAUACUAGGAAAGAGAAUUGGAAUUCAAACUCAAAGACAAUUCGAUAAAAUCUAAUCGACGGCAACACACCGACGACGCCGUACUCCACUCCACGGUAUUGACGGAAGGCCUACCCAUCAGUUGGACAUUGACAAAGGCUUUAUUUGUUUCGUUUACAUGAUUAACACUUUGACCAGGCUAUAACAGUCUAAACAGUGCCAAAAUCAAAGGUAUAACAGACAAAAAAGUAGUCUACUCCUCUGGACCUGUUUCAUUUGUUAGACUCUCUGCCGCUUGAUUCAUUCAUCAGAAAAUUAAAAGGAAGACUCAAAGAUGGGGAAUAAACAUUCGUGCUGCUUUUUUGGAGGCGGGAGUGGUGGGAAGAAGCUGCAUGAAGAGAUCUAUCGUCCUGAACUGGAGCAGCACGAAAUAAUAGUCCGCCCAGCCAGCUCCACAAAUUUGCAACACAUCAGUGAGAGGGAGCCUGAGGACACAGAAGGGGAUCCAUCAAAUCAUCCAAAGACAGGGACGCUAUUUCUUGUUCUAGCCCUCAAUGAAAUACAGAAAAAUCACAGGCUAAGGAGGCGAAGUCAUUAUGAUAAUCACUUUAAUCGUCAUCACGGGCCUCUCGGGAAGAAGUACAGCUCCUGCUCUACAAUCUACAUUGAUGAUUCAACAGUCAGCCAACCCAAUUUGAAAAAUACGAUAAAGACAGUUGCACUAGCAAUUUACUUUCACAUAAAAAAUCGAGAUAAACGAAAUGGACCAUUUGGCACCACGCAAACAGUGCGGUACCUUGAUAUCUUCGACGAGAGUAAACAUCCUUUAUCAAAAGACAUGGUGCCUGAUGAUUACAGCAGCCGAGACCCAGAACACAAGGCCAUAUAUCGGUUUGUACGGACGUUAUUCAAUGCGGCUCAGUUAACGGCUGAGUGUGCAAUUGUCUGUUUGGUAUAUCUCGAGCGAUUAUUAACCUAUGCAGAGAUUGAGAUCUGCCCUGGGAACUGGAAACGUAUCAUUCUUGGCGCUAUUCUUUUGGCAUCGAAGGUUUGGGACGACCAGGCUGUGUGGAAUGUGGAUUACUGCCAGAUACUUAAAGAUAUUACCGUUGAAGAUAUGAAUGAACUUGAACGCCAGUUCCUCGAACUGCUACAAUUCAAUAUCAACGUCCCCUCCAGUGUUUACGCCAAGUACUAUUUCGACCUGCGGGCACUCGCUGAUGCCCAUGAUCUCAACUUCCCGCUGGAGCCGUUAAGUAAAGAACGAGCAUUGAAAUUAGAGGUACACGCAUUAUCAACUGUGUGUGCGGACAAAUUACGAGAGACGAUACGAAUUGAACUCAAGCGAUCAACGAGUCUAGAUGGAAUGACUUUGUUGCCAAAAAUGAGCAAAGCAAUCAUAUCAUGAUAAUUCUUAAUAAAUUAGGUCGAAGGUCAACUCUUAAGGUGACCUCUUAGUCAAGGUCGUGUAUUAGCUGUGACCUCAAAGGUCAAUAUAAGUGUUGAAUCAACUGGUUCAAAGUCAGCUGCAGUGGUGCGACCUUCAAAACAAGGUCAAAGGUCAAUAAAAUGGAAUCGACAGGUUCAAGGUCAAAGGUGCGACCCUCGUUUGAGGAGGUCUGUGAUGUGAUCUUGCAAUAAAGGUCUGGUUCUUUGGUGCGACUUUAUGCUCUUGUUCAAAGGAAACUUUUAUAAUUGAAUGUGGGAAACGGAUUCAAAUCAUGUGAGUAUUGCAUGAAUCAACAGGGCAGCCAAAAGGGUCUGGUUGCUGUGAAACCUCUGCCAAUCAUUGUCAGUGAGGCUAUUUCUGUUGGGGUAGCAGAAUUUGCUUGGUCAAGUAACCGAUAUUUCUAUGUUUGGUGGUUUUAGUUUUAGAAUAAAAGAGAUUUGUCACAGGAAUUCCUGUUUUGUUUGGUAUUUUACUGGCUACCCUUCUGGGCUGUGAAUUACAGGCAUUAGAAUACUUGUAUUUGUGCAUUUUUUAUUCACAGCUAGAGACAGCGGUGUGACGUUACUGACGAUCACCACCUGAGAUCCUAGUCGAUGGAGCCCAUCUCAAUGUUGGUCAAAUGCCACGUUUCACAGCACCAUUUCUAUGUAAUUUGUACAGUGUUUGUACAUAGGUGAGGUUUUUUGCACUCUAGAUGUUUGCAUACAUGUAUGCAUGGUUGAGAAAAUGCACACUUAAGAUUUGAUCUUUGUGAAGUCCUCAAAAUGAUUGUGUGAGUCGUAUGAACUUCCUAAGUUGUUUUAAUGCUACCUGAAGCCUAUGAUACUCUAGUUAAACGACAGAUAACGUGAUGCUACUAAUGAGUUUCUUACGAAGUAAUUAAUAUUUGGAUCAGUUUUUCUCAGCGGAUGCGUUCUUAAGUCCAUGUCUCAAUCAAUUCUCAAGCGACUGACAAGUGUGAAAUAAAUUAUUUAAAGGUUAUGUUGUGCACAAUAGCAUUCCGCGAAGAUGACGUCACUGCAGCUGCUGCCCUCUAUUUCCCCAUCGCUGAAUUACAGGCAAUGUCGGACAAAUAUGCGGUUUCGUAUUGGAUUCAGGCUUUCUAACUAGGGCAGUUAGAUUCAAUCUGGCACAUGUCCGAGUGUUGGAAAUACAACAUAAUUGUUCUGAAUAUUUCUCUCUCUCACUCUAGGUAUCAUUCAUGCUAAAAACAAUGCAGGGUCAAAGAUAAUUGACUUUGAAAUAAACUCAAAUGCGUAGAAACAAGUGUCGAUGUCCGACUGUCACGUGACUAAAACGUCAUCAAUAUCUUAUGCAAAUGACCUUGUGAGCUAUAAAUAGUAACUUCGCGGGAUGCUAUUGGUUAAGGCCUGGCAAGUAACUUAUUAUUUGUGUCUGACCCAAAGUGCCUGUUGUUGCCAGAGUGGGGGCAAUGUGAAAUUGUGAUAAUUUGCCAUGUGACAGAACAUUGACAAUUUAUCCAUUGCACCUCUUCUGUCAAGUACGUGAUGGACUCGGGGUCGAUUUGGCUCUUAGGUGCUUUGAAAUGGCUGUAAUCUUUGCUUGGUAGAAAUAGACGGUUAUUUCCCGACUUGCUGAUGAUGGUUGGAAGUAUGACUGUUAAGUGCCGUCUUCAGCUGGCUGGGGAAAAUGGCUGUAUUAUCGGUAAUGAGAUUUAAAGCUGCAGGCUAUUUAUUUUAAAUUACCAGGGUAAUGGUUCACAAAAAUUUCCCCUGGGGAAAAUCCUUUGCAGUUAUAGAAGGUCGGUAGAAACUGACAACUUGUUUACUUAAGAACCUUUGAGAUUUGUCCUGGGUUGCUAUCUUAACUAGGUUUUUCCAAUGUUUGACGUCGGGAAAUUAGCCCCAACAGUCCUGGUACCCAACACUCUUAGGGACAUGAGGUCUUUUCCAACACUGUCCGCCGAUAGGUCCCUGAAGUCCCUCUUGUGGUGUUUUAGUAAUAUGUGCUUCAGUUGGGAGGAGAAAGUCUGUCUGGGCAUAGUCGGCGUGUGGUAAUUAUGUGAUUUUUCUACAAGUUAUAUUGCAUUUAUGUUUUUUCAAACUUUUUUUUACAAUACAAGGAUUGAGGAUGUUCACAGCUAGCAUGGCUAGGGUAGGGCAAACCUCAAAAUCAUGACCUCAAAUAUUAAUGCUUUCGUAUGUUACCUGGGCUGUCAAGGGGGUAUUUUUUACUUGAAAAGUGGUUUUCAUGUGCCAGGCAUAAGAUAUGAUCACAGUUUGGUAGGUCAGAAGUAGGCCCACUCAAAUGCUUAUCACAGAUUUUGUAGCACAAAAGUGGUACUUCGGAGGGUUGGCAAAGCUUCUUAAGCGAAUGCCAAUGCCUACUGUUCAAUCUUCUAAUAAUGAUGUCUGAAUUCAGGUUGCUGAUGACUUUGUUAUCGAUCUGAAAAGUUUUGCCAUUUCAGUGUAAUUCCUGUCUUGACUGGGUCUGGUUACAUUAUGAUUGAACCAAUACGUCUGGUUCAAUCCUUGUAGAAUAGCCACUGUAAAUUAAAUGUGAAUUUUUGUAUAAUUCAUGAACUUGUAAAUGUAUGUAUUGUUUCGCAAUGCAGAA